CAACCGGCAAGUCUGUCAGGCCAUUUCUUGUAAAUGCCCUCAGUUAGAAGAACAGCGCUUCCGGAAUGGGCCGGCCCGACGACGCUCCAGCGAAUCAUUGGUCAGAAGGAGGCAGCGCUGUCCAAUCAAAUAGCAGAUGCUUCAUUCACAACACCGAGCUUUAUAAAGUUGAUAGGCAUGUGUAGGGGCGAGUUGAUCUCACUUUACUUAAUCGGGCAGAGGUCUAUCGAUCAUCUUCUGAACGUUAUCACAAACUGUAAACAAUACUUGGUCAACAAGAUGUCAAACUCUGGAGGGCGCAGACUGAAGCAGUGGCUGAUAGAGCAGAUCGAGAGCGCGCAGUACUCCGGGCUGCAGUGGGAGGAUGAAAGCCGCACUUUGUUCCGAAUUCCGUGGAAACACGCAGGAAAACAGGAUUACAAUCAAGAAGUAGACGCAUCCAUUUUCAAGGCCUGGGCUAUGUUUAAAGGCAAGUUUAAAGAGGGGGAUAAGGCUGAGCCUGCAACAUGGAAGACCCGGCUCCGCUGUGCCCUGAAUAAGAGCCCUGACUUUGAGGAGGUGACUGACAGGUCACAGCUGGACAUCUCCGAGCCCUACAAAGUCUAUCGCAUCGUACCUGAGGAAGAGCAAAAGCAUGGCAAAAGCUCAAUGAUGGCCUUGGCAGCCUCCAGCUCUGGUGAUAUCACUGACAUGGACUGCAGCCCUGCAGCAAUAGAGGAGCUCAUCAAAGAGGAGGAAGGCUGUAGUAUCCAGUCCAGUCCAGAGUACUGGUCCCAGGGCAGCAUCAAUGCUUUCCCAAUACACCAGGACCCUCUGCCAUCAGGUGCUGUCGGCUCAGCUUUCUCCCAAAUGAUGAUCAGUUUCUUCUACGGAGGGAAACUGAUGAACACACAGGUGGUAACUCAUCCUGAAGGCUGCAGGAUCUCCCCACAGCAGCACCUGAGUCGGGGCGCCCUUUACAGUUCAGACAGCAUGCAAAGUGUCUGUUUCCCCCCUGCUGAGCUCAUCGAGUAUGAGCGCCAGCGCCAAGUCACACGUAAGCUCCUGGGCCACCUGGAAAGAGGCAUCCUGGUCCGAGCCAACCAGGAGGGCAUCUUCAUCAAGAGGCUGUGCCAGAGCAGGGUCUUCUGGAGUGGGCUUGGAGAAGUGGGCUCACAGUACAGCCCCAUGCCUAGUAAGCUGGAGAGGGAUGCUGUGGUCAAGAUUUUUGACACAGGGAGGUUUCUGCAAGCUCUACAACUAUACCAGGAGGGUCAGUUUCCUGCUCCAGAUCCAACAGUGACUCUGUGUUUUGGAGAGGAGCUCCAUGAUCUCAACAAUGCAAAAAGCAAACUGAUCAUCGUGCAGAUCACUGUAGUGCACUGCCAGCAUCUGCUAGAAACAAUGAACAUGAGGCGUCCUCCGGUCUUCUCCAACAACCCCAACCUGGACAUGUCUGAUAGUGCGGCCUCUGACCAGAUGGCCCGGAUCUACCAGGACUUGUGCAGCUACAGCGCCCCCCAGAGGCCAGCCUGCUACCGGGACAACAUGCCCAUCACUGCCUGAACUGUGAGCUCAAACACACCAGCCGGAUGCUCUUACCACUGAAUGUACAAUAAGGACAUUUUGUUCUUCUCUGACAAACAUUCACAAAGUGAACCCGGUUUAAAACAACAUGUUUCACAAUUUGGUUUGACUAAAAGUAACACAAUGGCAAGGGAGACAGAAAGACAGUGAGGGGAAAAUCUUUUAUUAAGGGCUUUGAAUUUUCACUAGUCAAGUGGUUUUAUCUGAACCCCUUACACAAGGGGAGACUGGGCAGCCUGGGUCAUCCCCCCUCCUUCACUCUUCUAUCUAAAAAAGGAGACAGAAAAGCCACAAAGUAAUACUGAAAAUGAAUGUUUUCCUUAAAGUGUGUGUUGGAUUUAAGCAAAUGAUUCAAAAGGUACCACUGUUGGUCCAUCUUAGUUGGGCCAGGCCUCGUUCUUCUGACCUUAUCAGAGAGAAUGAAGACCUUCUUUGUCAUUUUUAUACAGCAGUUCUAAAGGCAGCAUAAAGUAAAAAGAAACGGACUUUUUGUGUUCAUUUUGUAUUUUAUUGUCUUUACCAUCACAGCCAGUUCCUAAACUUUAGUGAGACCACACAUAGCUGUUUUUGUCAAGCAAAACAAACUGUUUCCUGCUUUUCUGCUACUUUUGAAUGUCUAAAUAUUUCCAUCGAUAACCUUCUCAGCAUUUUGUACAUCUCUAGGUCUGUAUGUUUCCAUUCAUAAGACAUCAGAGAGACAGUAGUGGGACACUUGCUCUGCUGCCAGUACAAACUGAAGUGAACUAAGAAAAUCUGCUUUAAUGUUGGAUAACAGCUGUCAAAAAAUCUAAGCUGGAGGGCUGACAUAAAAUCUUCAGUGUGUUUGUACUCAAGCAUUCAUGGAACUAACUGUUGUAUAAUAAUGUUUAUAGAUGUACCUAAAGCUGAUACAGACUCCUGAGUCUAACCUUUCUUAGUUAUUUAGUCACUUUUCACUCAGUAUAUGUUUCAGAGUUUACAAAACAGACUUACUCAGAUUACUCUCAAAGAUUAUCAUUAUUUUGUUUGUUAAGAUCCUAGAAAACGGUACAAUGACAGAUUCGAUCGAACAGUUUUAGUUCUCAUUUCUUGUGAUAUUUUGACAUGUAUGAUCCUUCUUGUUUUUGAGUUGCUUCUUAAGUCAACAAGCUUUUGAGUGAAGCACAACACAUUGAUUUUUUAUAUAUAAAUAUUUUGUAUUUUCUAUAGAGAACAAAAAUGAGCUGUUUAACGUGGCAUUGUGUGAAAGAUAGGUUUUACUAUCAGACUGUUUAAGUUGAGCUUCAUUUUAUCAUUUCUACAAACUGUGUAUCAAGUAAAACAAAGUUUUUUACUGAG